AUGGCAAAUAAUAAUGAUGAAAAAGAAUCAAGCCAAGAUGAAAAGGAAUUUAUAGAUCAAGAUGAUAAUGAUAUAAAUAAUAAUGGUAAUGGUAAUAAUAAUAGUAAUAAUAAUUACAACAGUGGUAAAGGGUCAAAAAAAUUAGUUAUUGAAACCGGAUCAAGCAUAGAUCAUUUAGAUGAUGGUUUUUCAUGGAGAAAAUAUGGUCAAAAGGCGGUCAAAGGCAGUAUUUUUCCAAAAAGCUAUUUCAAAUGUGCCGAACCAUCUUGCCCAGUUAAAAAACAGGUUAUUCAACAAGAUUUGAAAUUUAUAAACACAUAUAGUGGUAAACAUAAUCACGAUCCACCUGAAUUAGAUGGCUCUGAAAGAAAGAAAAAAUCAAAUAAUAAUAAUAAUAAUAAUAUUUUAUCAUCCCCAAAAAAACAAAAUAAUUUUAAUGGUCAACAACCACAACAACAACAACAACAACAAUCGCCCAACCACCAAAAUAUAUCAAUACCUCCACAACCUCAAUCACAACAAAAAUAUCAAUCACAUAUAAAUUUAAAAGAGCAAUUAAAAGAACAAUUAAAAGAGCAAUUAAAAGAAGCGGGAAAAUUACAUUCUGAAAUCGAAAAUAAUUUAAAUGAUGAUCAUAAUUGA